UUCUGGCAACACAGACUCUUCCUGUCUGUGAGCCUGUAGCGUUCUAUUUCUUUGUCAAAUUUUCGAAUAAUUUUCUGUAAAAGCGCAUUGUUUUGCUGCUAAUUAAUAAAAAUGAACGGUUUAGUAAAAACCGCGCACAGAGUUAUACAAAGUUGCGUCAAGCAUACCGGUCUGACCGGGGCUUUAGUAUCGCGUUCUCAGACCCCAGUGAAACGUGAUUUCACGCGAGGAAUAUGGCACAUGAGCUGUUCAAAGAGGCUAGAUGGGCCGCCAGCUGCCUCCAGCUUGCUCCACAACCAUUCCAACACAUGCAGCUGCGGCUGCGGCCUGAAGGCGCUCCACACAAAAGCCGAUAAAGACAAUGAACCUACCAAAACCAAAGCUAUUGGUGAGAGGGAAUUAGUGGAGUUUCUCACCGAGGAGAUUGUGGCGGAGCGAAAGGCACAGAAGACAAAGGCCCUGCCCGCCGAGGUGGAGGGCUUUGCGGUGAAGGGAGACGGAGCAGAAGUAGUCCUCACCAAGAAACUGCAAGAUGAAUUAGUACGAAUCACAUUCAACGUGAACCACACGGUGGACUCCGACGACUUCGAGGGAGACGCUCAGCCGGAGAAGCAGGAGUUCGCCGAGAUGCGCUCCAAGCCGCAGUUCGAGGUGGACCUGGUCCGCGGGGACACAACGCUCGGCUUCACGUGCUCGUUCCUGCAAGAGCCCCCGCCGACCGCUGGCGAUGAGUACAACGACAUCUUCGGGAUCGAUGAGGUGACCAUCUACAAGGGCGAGUGGAACGACAAAGUCUACGCAGUCGCGGGAGAUGUUCUCGAUGGGUAUCUAUACGACCUGCUGAUGAAUCUGCUCGAAGAGAAAGGCGUCAGCAACGAGUUCGUGCAGAAGCUCUCCGACUUCAGCACCGCCUACGAACACGCCGCCUACAUCAACCUCCUCGAGACCAUCUCCAAAUUCACCAUCGGGAAACAAUAAACCAUCAGUCCACAUAGUUAGAUAGCUGGUGGCAUUAUGACCUCUUUUUAAGCAGUAAAUGUUUUAGUUUACGGCUCAGCGAUAAGCGAUAGAUCAGUGACGUUGUCUAUGGUUCUAUAGUUUAAAAAAAGCAUGCUGCUUAUCGCCGACAAUGAGAGGUCAUAAUAAUCCAUUAGUACUCUAGCUGUUGGCUCUUGAAUAGUGAUAGACAGGACGACGCGUAGACAGAUUGGUAAACAUUACAGACCCAACUGCUAAAUUGUGCUCUAUUCAAAUUUCAUUAUACUGCAGGCUCAGUACUAUGUUACAUCUUCAUUUCUAUUAUCAAGGUUUGUUAAAAUUAUUACGAUUAAUCUGUUAAAUAAUUUUCCAAUUAUUUUCAUUGAGUUACUUAUUUAUUUGUACCUAUGCAAUUUGACAGUUACAUUUAUAACAUUUUCAAAAGUCAUUAUUCAUGCCUUAUAAAGUCAUUAACUGAAAAAACUUGACCACAAUAGUGUGUUACCCUGGCGACAGACGUUGGAAGGAAAGGCAUUUAUUUCCUGUAGGACAGCUUUAAAGGUGUUAGUUUAGUUAGUGGACACGUAUGUGUCAUUUGUUCAACAAUUUUAGUGUUAAAUAAUAUGUUUAGUUUAAAAAAUGUCUGAAUAAAAAUGUUGAAAUAAAAUAUAAA